UUUUUCACACAAUAAGUUGUUGAAAACUGAUUAAAUUUAAUCCAAAAAGUAGCUAUUAUAAUGAUAACUGAUACUUGUAUUUUUGUUAAAAAAAUUUAAACUUAAUUAUAUAAUUUUUUGUAAUACUUAAAUUUAUUCAGCUGAUUUCAAAGAAUUUCAUCAAGAUUUAUUGAAAUGGAAGAAACACACUCAAAAAAUAGUUUAAAUAAAGAUAGUAACAAUCAAUUCCAAGAAUCUUGUUCAUACUCAACACCCCGAAGCUUUGAAGAACCUAAUAAUUUAAUAGUAACUGGAAAACAACGUAUACAUUAUUUAAAUAAAAAUGAUGGAGUUUUAAAUUUGAGUGAAUAUAAUUUACAUGAGUUACCUACACAAUAUUCAAAUAUUGAACAAAAUCAAUAUCAUGUUGAUAAUACUUUUGACAAACAGUCAAAUUUAUCAAAACUUUCGUAUUCUGCACAAAAUUUUUCCUCUCAAACUGAAACACUUGUUGAUGAAAAAAAUAAUGAUAUUUCAGAAAAUACGUCUGAAUUCAGCAAAAUGACUGCUGUAUCAUAUAUACCUGUGAAAUGGCACUGGUUUUAUUGUAAGUAUCCUAAUAAAAACGUAUGGGUUCCAUUCAGCCAGAAGGAUUCGGAUGUUUUAGAGAAACAUUAUCUAUUUGAAGAAACUAAAAAAGAAAUCGUAGUAUCGACUAAUGGCACACGUUUUGAUGUAUAUUUAAAGGAAAGGAUUCGUAAAUCCGUUUAUUGGGAUUGUGAAUCUACUGAAGUGCGACGAUGCUCAUGGUUUUUCCGUAAUCGAAGGGGCUCUAAUUUUAUUCCUUAUGAUGAACACAAGACUGUGCGAUUGGAAGAAAACUAUAAAAUUGCAUGCGAAACUAACAAAUGGGGUAAAAGAAUUUCAAUCAAUUGUCAAGAAGAGGUGGUAUUACAUAGCCCAACUGCUUUUAUACAAUAUGGUGUAUCAAUUAUAUCUUUGAACUGUGACGAAGAAGUUCAACCGGAAAUACAAACAAGUCAAAUUACAAAUGUGCCUUCUUUAAAACAAUGUAUAGUCAAACGAGGUUUGGAGGAGUUUGUUAUUCCUAAUGACGAACCAUCAAAAGUUGAUCAUCUAAUGUUUAUAGUUCAUGGAAUUGGAUCAUAUUGUGAUUUAAAGAUGAGGCCAAUUUAUGAAGUCGUUGAUGAUUUUCGUUCUUUAGCUCAACAAUUAACUCAAUCACAUUUUAAAACGUCACUUAAUUCUAAUAAAAUUGGUAGAAUUGAAGUAUUGCCUGUCUCAUGGCAUGAAGCAUUGCAUAGUGAAAGUAUUGACCGUAAACUCAAAAGUAUUACAUUACCAUCAAUACCAAGAUUGAGAAAUUUUAGUAAUGACACCAUUUUAGAUGUGUUAUUUUAUACAAGUCCUACAUUUUGUCAAACUAUUGUGAAUGCAGUUGGAAAUGAAAUGAAUCGAAUGUAUAGCCUAUACCUUACAAGAAAUACAAAUUUUAAUGGACAUGUAUCCAUUGGUGGUCAUAGUCUUGGAUCUUUAAUUUCUUUUGAUUUAUUAUGGAAUCAGUGUCCAUCAAGUCCUGGAGAAAAAUUUUUAAACAGUGAUCAAGAAAAAAGUUCAAAUUUUGAAAUGGAGAAAGCAGAAUUAAGUCGUGGAGUAUCUUAUGUAACUUUAGGAAAAGCUGGGACCGGACAACCUUAUAUCACUUAUCCUCAAUUAAAUUUUCAAUUAGAUUGUUUUUUUGGUUUUGGUUCACCUAUAGGUAUGUUUGUGACAGUACGUGGGAUUGAAAGUUUGGGAGAAAAUUUUAAAUUUCCUACAUGUCCUGGAUUUUUUAAUAUUUUUCAUCCUUACGAUCCUGUUGCUUAUCGAAUUGAACCUUUAAUAAAUCCUGAAUUUGAAAAUAUACCUCCUGUUCAAAUUCCUCAUCAUAAGGGUCGUAAAAGAAUGCAUCUAGAGUUAAAAGAUACAAUGACACAUGUUGGAGCUGCUUUAAAGAACCAUCUAGUACAAUCUGUAAAAACUACAUGGAAUACAUUUUAUCAGUUGGCAAUGUUUUCUAAAAUGCCUUCUGAAUCAAUCGAGUAUAAACCACGAAAGGUAUUUAAUCAAGAAAUAACCUCACAAGCAACUUCUUCAAAUAAAGAAUCAUUAAAUAGCCUUAAAGUUAAAGCUGGACAUUUAAAUAAAGGAAAUCGAGUAGACUAUGUAUUGCAAGAAGCACCUCUUGAAAGUUUUAAUGAAUAUUUAUUUGCUGUUGGCAGUCAUUUAUGUUAUUGGGAAUCGGAAGAUACAAUAUUAUUAGUUUUAAAAGAAAUAUACUCCGCAUUAGGUGUAUCACCGGAUAAUCAAGUGCAACAUGCUAUGUUACCAUUUGAUAUAUCAGAUGAAAAUAGCUCAAACUUUUCAUCAAGUAUGCAAUUUGAAGAGCCUCCAGGUUUUAAUUUAUCAUUUAGCUCAUUAUCACCAAUUUUUGAUGAGAAACAUGAUAAAUGAUUAGAGAAAAUUUUGAUUAUUGAAAUCAUUUAAUGAAAAUUAUUUUUAGUUUUUUUAGUAUAUUUGUUUGUUUGUUAAAAAGUUUAUAUAAUUAUAAAUUAUAUAUUUUUUUAUUUUAUGUAGUGUAAAUAAAUAAAUAUAAAUAUUAAACAUAACAA